ACCUAAACCUUGCGCAGGAGCCGGCGCCGCGGCGCCGCACUACCACCCCCGCCGCCGCCAAACGCGCCCAGGCCCAGAGCCAGAGCCAGAGAGCGGUCUUCCAGAUCAAGACGAAGCUCCCCGGACAGUCCCCGGCUGCCGCCGCCGCCCCAGCUGCUACCGCAGCAGGUGCUAAGAGGAAGUCGCCGCCGAAAAGGAAACUCAUCCCGAGGAAUACUAAGAAGUUGCGCUCGGCGAGUGCCGAAGCUGAGGCCGAGGCGGGGGUGAAGACGGUGCUAUCCGUGUCCACUGCUGACGACGAGACGGAGGAGGACGAGAGGGUAAAGGAGGUCGAGUAGCGUGUCUGGAUGGAUGGCGCGAGAGGUGUCUGUGAUGGAAGAUGGAAAAAGCUGCUUUUGGUUCGCGGGUGGGGGGCGUUUGUUUGCUUGUUUGUCUGUUUGUCUCUCUGUCUGCUUGUUUGUCGUCCGUCUAUGAGCUUGAGGUCGGUUCGGGGUUCGGAGUGUUUUGCUAUGGGUCUGUUUUUUCAAUUUUCUGUUAUAUUACUAUCUGCCUGUACGUUGCUUGCAGAGAGAGGUUUACGGUACGAGUUUAUUUGAGCUGGAGGAUCAGGGGUAUUGCCUUGAG